AUGCAGGAGCCUGUGUACGAGGACGAGCUGACGUACGCGUGUAUCAAGAUCGGAUAUCACGUCGCCAGCGACAACACCAAGACGCGCACGUACAGAUGCGGGGCGGACAAGUCGUGGGGCGUCGCUUACGAGCCGUGCACACUCAUUCACUGUCCGCUUCCGCCCUACGAGCAUGCGAGCAUUGCGGAGACGGACAGAGAGUUCGACAGCUGGGCGACGGUGACAUGCGACACCGGCUACGAGUAUGGCGACCUGAUCACCACGACAGAAAUAAUGCAGUGUCAGGACAGCGGCUCCUACGCAGACAUACCGCCGGACUGCCAGAGUAGUGCACUCUUGCCUGUUACAUUGCGAGUUGAACGAACGAUGGAGCUGCACGGCAAGCUGCAGCAUGCUUUUCUGCUCGAGGAACAUGGCCCGUGGGCGCACCUUAUUCGUCGACUGCGAGGGGUUACUAUCGUGCACUGUCCGGAGCUGACCGGCGGGAAUCUGACGGUCAGCACGAACGAGACGAGCUGGCUCACGGAGGUGAUGGUCACCUGUCCGCUAGGCAGCGAGUUCCUUCCUGACCAGACGAGUCUGAAUAUCACAUGUCAUGCCAACAGUGAAUGGUCGGCGAGUCUACCCGAAUGCAGCCGCGUUCGCUGCCCUAACCCCGGCUACCCUGAACACGGCAAGAGAGUCGGAGACGAAUUCCGUUACCAUGACUACGUGACGUACUCGUGCGGGUACGGCCGCGAGCUGUAUGGUAAAGCUACGAUCAUGUGCACGCACGACAAGACCUGGAGCAGACCCGUGCCCGUGUGUGUCAAGCACUGUCCGAUGCUACUCGAUCUGCAAUACGCUGUCGCGGUUCCCGUUAACGAAUACAACCAGAUGACAACUAUUUGGUGCUUUCCCAACUACGAGUACAUAUUGGCGAGAUCUACUAUGAAGACGAGUGUUUGCACUGCCGACAAGGUGUGGGAUACGACAGAACUGGACUGUGAUCUGCGCCGGUGUCGGGCCCUGGAUCCGGGGCGCUCUCACGCCACGUGGAACUACACGGAGACUCUGCUACCGGUGUUUGGCACCUACGUGCUAGUGACGUGCAACAUUGGUUACAUGUUGCCCGGUACGGAUGACGCCCCGCGCAAGCUGCAGCAUGCUUCCUGCUCGAAGGACACCAUGACGUGGGCGCCACCUAUCGUCGACUGCGAGGGUGAGGACUGA